AUGUCAGCAACACCCGACACAAGACGACACCGACACGCACCGCGCAGCGACCGCACAGGCACAAACGCAAGCGCCAGCGCCAGCGCCAGCGGAAACCGACACGCUCACACUCGAGCCUCAACCCCUCCCCUCCCAGCCUACGAGCCGCCCAUCGCGCCCCUAAACGCCGCGGGCCACAAUGCGAUCAUCGCCCUCCUCAACUCGCAAUCCCUCCGACAGCUGACAACGCACGUCCAGCGCGCGGAGGAGAAGCUCACUGAUUCCGCGGGGGAAGUCAACGAGCGGCUUACCGAUGCGCGGGUGCGGUAUCAGAAGGAGAGGGCGCGGAAGCGGAGAAGGGCGAAUGGGGAUUUGAAGACGGAGACGCCUGCUGCGGAUGGUGUGGGAGAGAAGGAGGAGGAGGAGGGUGAUGAUGAUGAUGAUGGGGAGGAGAUAAACCGGCUUGCGCAGUUGGAGGAGCAGGUUAAGAGUAUUACGGAGGAAUUGGAGGCACGGAUGCGGCAGACGAUCGAUGCGGAGGUGAAGCUGGAGGGGUUGAGGGGGGUGCUGGCGGAUAUGGCGAAGGAGGCGGAGGAGGCUACCGCUGCGGGCGCUGGGGCUGGGGGACGACGGAGCCGGCGGCCGAGGCGAAGACGCGACGAUGACGAGGAGGGCCCCGAAGAUGGUGGUGAUGAGGACUACGAAGCGACGCCUGAGCGGGAGAUGACCGGUGUCCCGCCUAGCCGGCGGCUAGGGCAGAAGCUGGGCGAGGAGUCGGCGCGGUGGACUGGUCAAUCCUUGACGCAGAGAUACUCCACAAACAACGCCUACGUCGGCUUCUACCGCAUCGUCCACGACGCCAGACACCCCGGCGAUGACAUCCCGCCCCUCCCACACGCCUCCACUUGGUUCGCCCACAUGGAAGACCCCAGCGUAGCUUCCACGGCCGACCAGACAUCGUCCCGACGCACCCGCCAACGCCGGAGCCCCUCGCCCGCAGACUCGGACGAGAUCGCCAUCGAGCGCGAGCGCAUCUCUCUCAAAUGCCCCCUCACCCUCCUCCCCUUCCGGGACCCCGUCACCAGCACCAAAUGUCCGCAUAGUUUUGAGCGCGAGGCUAUCACCGAUAUGAUCGCGCACAGUUCCACAAGCGUGCCUGGGGCCCCGUCAGGCGGCCGGAGAAGCCGUAUUCGCUCCGUCAAGUGUCCUGUCUGCUCGGUUGUGUUGACCGCGGAAGAUCUGCGCAGUGAUCCUGUCCUGCUGCGUAGAGUGCGUCGCGCCGAAGCAGCGUCACAGCGGGAAGCGGAGGAUGAGGAGCUGGCUGCUGAUGGGAAUCGCAGGAGGCGGCCUCGGGAAGGGCGCAAGAGUGGUAUCACUGUUGCAAGCGAUGAUGGAGACUCGGAAGAUCAGGGGGAUAGCAGGCAUCAGGAGACAGCCGGUGAUGCUGUUCGGAUCAAGCAGGAAAGAGCCUUGUUGCAGGCUCAAAGUAUGCUGUCAGAUGACAUGGAUGACGACGAGUAG